AUGGUUAUUGGACCUGUGCUUGGCUAUUUUGAUCAAAUAAUAAAAUUUCGAAAGACGAAAUCAAGUGCUGGAUUUUCUUCGGAUACUUCUGGAAUUUUAUUAGUUAGCAGGAUAGGAAAAAGAUUCGAUAUUAUUCUUCUUUAUCAAAGUAUAAUGAUGAUAAUUGCUCAAACAUGGCUUCUUCACGAAUGCAUCAAAUAUCGAUUUCCUUCUUCUUCAAUUCAUAAUCGAAAACGUUGGUUUUGGAAUUGGCAUACAUUUACUCCGUAUAUGAUUUGUUUGGCUUCUGUGAUUGUAUUAUCAAGUGUUCCUAUGCCACAAGCAUGGCAGAAUUAUCAGAAUAGAUCUGUUGUAGGAUUUAGUUCAAUAGUUCUUAUUACUUGGUUUAUUGGUGAUGCAUUCAAAACUUUUUAUUAUACAUACACAAAAGCACCACUUCAAUUUAUUCUUUGUGGAAUAAUACAAUUAUGUGUAGAUAGUAUUAUAGCUUUGGCGUUGGAUAAUAAUAAAGAAUAUACUCAUGCACUUAUAAAUGAUGUUAUUUCUGCAUUAUGGAAUCAGCUAUCUCCAAUUUUAAUUCAUCUAGAAAUAUUAAUGAAACAAAUUCUAAAGAAAAAUUAUAUGCCGUUGGUUGGUGUCAAACUUGCGACUACGCGAAGAGUAAACCAAGGUCCUAUGAGUGGAGUUAAAGAGUUAGAUGAUUUUCUUAAUGAAAUUCAACAUAAGAUUACUACUUAUGAAAGUGUAAUUGAAUGGAUUCCCUUUGAAAGAUUAGAAAAUUUAAAAGAAAUUGGAAAAGGAGGUUUCAAUACAGUACAUUUAGCAACAUGGAUUGAUGAAAUAAGAACUAUCUCAGCUGACUAUAAUAGUAAAAAUUUUGCAGUAAAAAGAGUAUCAAAUUGUACUGUAACUCUCAAAAUUUUAAAUAACGCAAAAAAAACCCAAUCAUGA